CCAUGAUUCACAUACUUUCUUGGACUGCAAGAUGUAUAGCUCAUUUUCACUCACACCCGGCACCAUGACAAGCAGCGAGCACAAAGGGCUGAAGCUGAAGCGGGAGGUAGGGUUAAUUAGUGCCGUAUCUCUGGUCGCAGGCACUAUGAUAGGAUCGGGGAUAUUUAUGUCCCCUCAGUUUGUGAUGGCCAAUGUUGGAAGCCCCGGAGCAAGCUUGAUCAUCUGGGCUGUGUGUGGCCUGGUGACUCUAUGUGCUGCGCUCACUUAUGCAGAGCUUGGUACCAUCUUCAGAGAAUCUGGAGGAGAUUUCAUCUACAUCCUUAAAAUCUACGGACCCUUACCUGCAUUCUUUGUGGCAUUCACAUUAAUAAUUGUGCGGAAGCCAGCAUCUAUUGUGGCUAUAGCCUUGAGUUUUGCUCAGUAUGCCGUGGCUCCUUUUUAUCCAGGCUGCAUGCCACCUACGUUGGUGGUGAAAUGUAUAGCAGUGGUGUGCAUUUUGGUGGUGGCUACCGUAAAUAUGCUGAAUGUUCGCUUUGCCAUGGCCAUUCAGGUUAUCUUCCUGGUGGCUAAAAUGGUGGGUCUGAUGGUGAUCGUUAUUGGUGGAAUAGUUACCAUGGCCCAAAAUGGCCUGGGAAGCCUUGGGAAUCCAGACAUUGUCUUUAAGGAUACAACUUUGGGGCUCAGUCCCAUUGGAAUGGCUCUGUAUCAGGGACUCUGGUCUUUCUCAGGAUGGUCUAAUUUAAUCGUUGUGCUUGAAGAAGUGAAAAAUCCAGAGGUAAAUCUACCCCGGGCAUUAAUGAUUGCCCUUCCAAUGGUUACCAUCCUCUACUUGCUGGUCAAUAUCAGUUAUCUGGCCGUCAUGACUCCUAGAGAGAUGAUGAUGUCCAGUGCUGUAGCAGUUACUUGGGGCAAUAAGGUGCUGGGAAAAUGGGGCUGGUUGAUGUCUAUUGCAGCAGCAUUAUCUUCCUUUGGCACGCUGAAUGGAUCGUUCUUCGGUGGGGGACGAAUUGCCUUUGUAGCUGCCCGAGAAGGUCACAUGCCUAGAAUCCUGUCCAUGGCACAUGUGCGACGUCUCACUCCCUUUCCAGCUCUCAUCUUUACCACCAUUAUCGCCUUCAUUGUGCUUAUUCCUGCAGAUUUCCGGGGCAUAAUCAACUUCUUCAGCUUCACAUCCUGGAUCUUCUACGGACUUACGAUAUCAGCACUACUCUAUUUCAAAAUGAAAAAGUCAGAUCUUCCUCAUGUCUACAAGGUACCCAUUUUUAUCCCUAUCCUGGUGAUGCUGGCAGCUGUGUUCCUGGUUCUAGCACCCAUUGUUGACAAACCUCAGCUUGGGUACCUGUACGUUACUCUCUUCAUCCUAAGUGGAGCUUUGAUUUAUAUUCCAUUCAUUCACUUCAAACUGUGUCCACACCUGCUGGACAAACUCACAGUGGUCCUACAGCUCUUCCUGGAGGUAGCACCAGCUGACAAAAAUGUAUAAAACACCACAUCAGACUGGGAGGCAGAGCUUUUUAGCCUCUUGCUCUGGUCAAUAUUGCGCCCUUAAAAUGUUUUUUCAUGAUUUUAUUACCGGUGUAUUAUGCAUGGUGAGCAUUUAGAGUCUGUCUUAAUUGUAGAAGAAGUAAUAAAUGUGUGCAUGUUUGCUUUUA